UCGACCAAACAAGUCAUCAGCUGCUUCUCCGGCAAGGCAGUACGCAGCUACAAAAAUGUUGCCUGCCCACCACGUAGCCAAGCAUCCCAAUACUCCGGUCCUCGAGCAAAAGCAACCUCAUCCUUAUCUGUUUGGGUUCCGAAAUAUUUGUUCCUAGUUCCUAGUUGGGGAGCCACUUCUUUUCUGAGGAAAAUGAAGCAGACCGUGGUUCUGUACCCCAGCGCCGGCGUUGGCCACGUCGUGCCCAUGGCGGAGCUCGCCAAGGUCUUCCUCAGCCACGGCUACGACGUCACCAUGGUGAUCGUCCCGCCGCCCUUCAAGUCGCCCGCGCUGGGCGCCAGCCAGGCCGAGCGGAUUGCCGCGGCUAAUCCGUCCGUCUCCUUCCAUGUCCUCCCCCCGAUCCCGGCCCCUGACUUCGCCGGCUCCGCCAAGCACCCGUUCCUCCUCAUGCUCCAGAUGCAGCGCCAGUACAACCACGAGCUCGAGAGCUUCCUCCGCUCCAUCCCGCGGAAGCGCUUGCACUCGCUGGUCAUCGACAUGUUCUGCGCCGACGCCAUCGACGUCGCCGCGAAGUUGGGCGUCCCUGCCUACACGUUCGUCCCAUCGGGAGCGUCGCCUCUUGCCGUCUUAACCCAGCUCCCGGCGGUGUUGGGCAGUAGGAAGACGGGCCUGAAGGAGCUGGGGGACACGCCUCUCGAUUUCCUUGGCGUUCCGCCCAUGCCGGCGUCUCACCUGGUCGCGGAAAUGCUCGUGCACCCGGAGGACGAGCUGUGCAGGACCAUGGCGAGCAUCUUUAAGCGCGGCAUGGACACCAGGGGAGUUCUGGUGAACACGUUUGAAUCGUUGGAGAGCCGGGCGGUGCAGGCACUCAGGGACCCACUAUGUGUCCCUGGCAAGGUGCUGCCUCCGAUAUACUGCGUUGGGCCGUUAGUCGGCAACGGCGCACGGGAUGGCGAAAAAACAGAGAGCCAUGAGUGCCUCGCAUGGCUCGAUGCUCAGCCGGAGCACAGCGUCGUGUUCCUUUGCUUCGGGAGCAUGGGUACGUUCUCGGAGGAGCAGCUCGAGGAGAUCGCCAUUGGCCUUGAUAAGUCUGGGCAACGGUUCCUAUGGGUGGUGCGCGUGCCGUCCAACAUCGAUGAUCCGAAGAGGUUAUUGGAGAAACAGUGUGAGCCGGACCUUGAUGCCCUCUUACCGGAAGGGUUCUUGGAGCGGACCAAGGAUAGAGGCCUUGUCGUCAAGUCAUGGGCGCCACAGGUGGACGUCCUCAAUCACCCAUCAACGGGCGCAUUCGUGACCCACUGUGGAUGGAACUCGACGAUGGAGGGUGUCAUGGCGGGGGUUCCAAUGCUGUGCUGGCCCUUGUACGCGGAGCAGAAGAUGAACAAGGUGUUCAUGACAGAGGAUAUGGGCGUUGGGGUGGAGAUGCAGGGGUAUACGGCGGGUUUUAUCAAGGCCGAGGAGGUGGAGGCAAAAGUGAGGCAGGUGAUGGAGUCUAAGCAGGGGAGGGAGCUCAAGACACGAGUGGCGGCUCGCAAGAAAGAAGCGGAGGCGGCGUUAGAGGAAGGUGGCUCCUCACGUGCGGCUUUUGUUCAAUUCUUGUUGGACGUGGAGAACCUUGGAGAGCAGCCCGCCGAGUGAUGGAUUUGUAGUUUGUUCUGUUUCUUUGUUACCUUUUUGCCUUCUAACAAUCUAUCUUUUUCUGUGAUAUUCUAUCUUUGUUUUGUUUUUUUGCGGGUAAUAUUCUAUCUUUGUUUGAUAAACCAUAUUCUAUACCUUC